AUGAUUAAUCAACAAAUGAAACCAAAGAAAGUUUAUUUGAAUUAUAAUUUCAUAAAGAGAGAAUUUCAAACAGAAAGAACUAUAGUUUAAACGAGGACUUGCUCAGUUAUUGAUAAACCUGCAAAAAGUUAAAGAAAUAGUUUAUUAAGUUUAAGUGUAGAUAGUGGUAAAUCAAAUAAAAUUCAUUGUUUAAAGAUUAGAAAAUAUGGUUAUUUAUUUUAUGUAGAUGAAAAUGGUCUUAAUGAUUAUGUUAAGUUUAAUUUUAAGUAGAUAUUAGAGUCAUUUACAAAAAAUUGUAUACCUAAUUUAUUGAAUGAAUAAACAUAUAGUUUAUUUUUACCUUAUUCAUAAUCAUUUUCUUUUUCUUAAAGUAGAUUUUAAGGAGAAUAGUUCACAAAAGUAAAAGAUGUUUAAUAGUUAAUAAAUUUGUUCCAUUAACUCAAAAUAAGUGGAGAAGAAUAUUAAGUAUAAAUUAAUUGAUAUGAUUAAUAGAUAUAAAAAAUAUUUGAUUAUUUUUUUGUACCAUCAAAAGAACUAGCAAUUUAAGUAAUCAAUGAUUUAAAGUUCUAAUUAGCAAAGAUGAUUAAUAAACCAAUAUCAAUUAUAUCUUUUUUUGAUGGUGUAGAAAUUAAAAAUGCCUGUUAAUUAGGUUGGAAUCCUCCAACUCUAGUUUGUGCAGAAUCAAAAGAUGUUCUUAUUAAAUAGUUACCAAAAAUCAAAGAAAGCAUUAGAAUAAGUAAGAGAAUCAAAUAAUUAUAAAAUUUUAAAUAAUAAAUGAUACAAUAAUAUUGCAAACAAGAAAUGGCAAUAAAUUAUUAGAGUAGUUCAAAAAAAUAAGAAUUAAUUAGAUAAAAUUUAAAAUAAAUUAAGUAAAUUCAAUAAUUAGUUGAAUACUAAAAAGAGUAUGAUAUAUAAUUACCAAAAUUGGUUGUCUAACAUAUCAAUCCAAAGUUUAAAAUUAUUUAGCCAAAAUAAGAAAUUCAAGAUGAUUUAGAUAAAUAGAUAGAACAUCUCAGUUUAGAUUAAAUUAACUAUAUAAAAGAAAUUAAUCCAAAAUUAGAUAACUUUGAAAUUUAUAAGUACUAUAUUGAUUAUAAAUCAUUAUGUAUGCUAAACAUAAUUUAAAAUGGAAUUCCAAUGAAAUAUUUUGUAAUUUACAAUGAUAUCCUUAGUGGACAUUGUUAGAAUGAAUUGCUUAAAAUUUACAGAGCUCUUGGUGUUAAUGUAGAUGUAAGCUAUAAAAAAAUAAUCUAAGAGUGGUAUUUUCAGAUGGAAAGAAUAUUUGUUAUUUAGAAUAUUGUAAGAUAACUGUGCAAAUUCUAGCCAAGUAAUAUAAUUCUUGCUUCACUAUUUUAUGAAUGAUAACUAAGAAUUAAACGAGUAAUCUGUGAGAAUACAAUUAUAUUAGUUAUCAUAGAGAUUGAAUCAAUAUUCCUAAACUAAAUAAGAAUUUAUCAAAAAAGCCAUGAAAUCCUUAGAUUCCACAGAAUCAAGUAAUACAUUUGCAGAUAGAUUUGCUCUAACAAUAAUCAAGUGGAUGCACAAAAAUGGUUUCUUUGUGAAGGGCUAACUUAAUAAAGAAAUAAUGUUGUAAUAAUAUGAAAAAAACGAAUAUACAUUUUUAUUUAUAAUAAAUUGUAUAUUAGGGCAAUUUAAAACUAAUAUACUUGAAUGGUUUUAUAAUAUAUAUUGA